AUGCCACCCAAGACUAGCGGUAAGGCCGCCAAGAAAUCCGGCAAGGCCCAGAAGAACAUCUCCAAGUCGGACUCGAAGAAAAAGAAGAAGCAUAAGCGCAAGGAGAGCUACGCCAUUUACAUCUACAAGGUGCUCAAGCAGGUCCACCCCGACACCGGUAUCUCCAGCAAGGCCAUGUCGAUCAUGAACUCUUUCGUGAACGACAUCUUCGAGCGCAUCGCCGCCGAGGCCUCCCGCCUCGCUCACUACAACAAGAGGUCCACCAUCACCAGCAGGGAGGUGCAGACAUCCGUGAGGCUCUUGCUGCCCGGUGAGCUCGCCAAGCACGCCGUCAGUGAAGGCACCAAGGCCGUCACCAAGUACACCAGCUCCAAAUUGACAAUGGCCCGUACCAAGCAGACCGCUCGUAAAUCCACCGGUGGUAAAGCGCCCCGCAAACAGCUCGCCACCAAGGCGGCCCGCAAGAGCGCGCCCGCCACCGGCGGCGUCAAGAAGCCCCAUCGUUACAGGCCCGGCACCGUCGCCCUCCGUGAGAUCCGUCGCUACCAGAAGAGCACUGAGCUUCUGAUCCGCAAGCUGCCCUUCCAGCGUCUGGUGCGUGAGAUCGCUCAGGACUUCAAGACCGAUCUGCGCUUCCAGAGCUCUGCCGUUAUGGCUCUCCAGGAGGCCAGCGAGGCUUACCUCGUCGGUCUCUUCGAGGACACCAACCUGUGCGCUAUCCACGCCAAGCGUGUGACCAUCAUGCCCAAGGACAUCCAGCUGGCUCGCAGGAUCCGCGGUGAACGUGCCUAA